AGCGUGUUUUAAGUUUAAAGAAUGUGGGGGGGGGGAAACAUGGUCUCUCUAUAUUGUGGAUUUUCAGCUAUCGCGGGUGUGUCUGGAAUGUAUCCCCCGCAGUAAACGGCGGCACACUGCAACCACAUUUGCGGCAGAGUAAGAGAAGUGUCGUUCACUUUGCCUUGUCACACGUAAAGGCGCCAACGCUCUUCCAGGAGGAAUCCGUGGCACGGCGGCAGAGUAGUCGGAAGAUGUCUGCGUAGGGAAGGGAUGCGUCACUGGAUUAGCGCCUUGUGAGUCCCAGCCUCUUCUUCCCUUCCUGCGCUGCCAGGAGAAGGUCACACAGCUCGCCGCCUGACCGUCCGCCGCACCCCCAAACCCGGGAAAGCUUCCACAUGAGCCAGCCGGGCCUCGCUGCCCCGCCAGCAUGAAGAUAGAGAAGAAAACGUCGCUUUUCGCGUUUGUCCUCCUUCUGCACUUCAGCUCGGGUAAGGUUUGUUUUCUUUGUGCGUGUUUGUGUGUGGAUAAGACUUCUUAGGCGGUUAAUCCCCUCCAGCGAUGGUCCAUCCUAAGUGCGGCACUCUUCAUGCUGUGUAAUUUGUGCUUAAAUAUAUUUUUAUUGCAUUCUAAUUAAAUUUGAAGCAUCAUUUCACAUUAAUGAAUCGUUGCAAUUUUCUUUCUCACGCUUGCUUUCUUCUGUCUUGUUUCCAGCAAGUAAGUUAUUGUUGGAAGCAAAAUCAAAGCAAAAGAUUAUUGGUGUAUCUUGUUGCUAAUUAUAUGCUCAUUUGGUUUCCGAUAAAGGACAAUCCGACUAUGCUCCAUAUUUCUACGACAAUGGACCCAGCAGUACAAAUGGGAAUAUGGCUUUGUUCAGCAUCUCAGAGGACACACCAGUCGGAACGCAGAUAUACGUCCUCAACGGUACCGAUCCCGAGGGAGAUCCCAUUCGAUACGGUCUGACAUUCCAAAUGGCCUCCAAAGAAUAUUUUAGAGUUGAUCCCAAGUCGGGAAAUGUGACCCUCGUUCUGGAGCUGGACCGAGAGAAACAAGAUGAGAUUUCUGCACUUGUUAGCAUUACAGACGGACGUAAUAAAGUGGAUGAAAAUGUAAGAGUGUUUGUCACUGACGCCAACGACGAACCUCCUGAAUUUCAAAACCUGCCUUUUAUCGUCAAUAUCCCCGAGGAUGCCGUGGCGGGGAGCAGCAUAUACCGAGUCCGGGCGUGGGAUAAAGAUAUGGGCUCAGGAGGCAGCGUCUCCUAUUCCCUGCAGCCGAUGCCGUUCGCCAAGUUCACCAUCGACGCCCACAGCGGGAUUCUGAGAGUGAAACCGGGCGAGAGGCUGGACUACGAGACCACGCCCACACACUUUGUGACAGUGGUCGCCAAGGACGGAGGAGGGAAAUACAAGGGCAAACACCAGGUUUUGAACUCCACAGCCACCAUCACAGUCAAUGUCCUUGAUGCCCAAGACAUGCCUCCAUCUUUCGUAGGAACGCCUUACUUUGGCUACAUCUACGAAGUCUCCGUUCCUGGCUCAGAGAUAUUCACAGUGUACGCCAGAGACGGAGACCAAGGCAAUCCCAGCCCCAUUUAUUAUUCCAUCAUUGACGGAAGCGAUGGUGUCUUCGACAUCAACAGUACCAGUGGAUGCAUCACCUUGACAACACACCCCUCCCUGCUCAAAAACGAACUCUACGAGAUUAAAGUCAAGGCAUCUGAGGUGGGACCGGACGAUCUGCUGCAGGACCACGACAUUGCCGUGGUGAUGGUGCGAGUGGUGGAUCUCAACAACCACCCGCCCACCUUUUACGGCGAGAGCGGACCACAAAGCAAGUUCGAAGUCACCAUGUACGAGCACCCUCCUUCCAGGGAGAUCUUGCGCGGGUUCAAGAUCACCGUCAACGAUUCUGAUCAGGGAGCAAACGCCAAGUUCAAACUGAGGCUGGUGGGGCCGAAUCGUGUUCUUAGAGUGGUCCCACAGACGGUUCUGAAUGAGGCCCAAGUGACCAUCAUCGUGGAGGACACAUCUGGCAUCGACUACGAGAAGGGGCCAACCCUUUCGUUUAAGCUGUUGGCAGUGGAGCUCGACACUCCCGAGCGCUUCAGUGCAACGGCGGACAUCGUGAUCAACCUCCUGGACACUAACGACAACACUCCCAAAUUCACGUCGGAGUAUUACAUAGCCAGGGUCGCCGAGAACUCGCCCGGGGGCACCAGUGUUUCCACUGUUACAGCGAACGAUCCCGAUUCAGGACCCUGGGGUGAAGUCAAAUACACCAUUUAUGGAUCAGGAUCAGAUCUGUUUUCCAUCCACCCGUCGACGGGCCUCAUCUCCACGCAGUCGUGGACCACGCUGGAUGCGGAGGUGCGCUCCAAGUUCAACUUCUACGUGAAGGCGGAGGACUCGGAGGGAAAAUACAGCCUGGCCGAGGUCUUUGUCACCGUGCUGGACAUGAACGACCACUCGCCCGAAUUUGACAACCCGCUGCUGGAGAAGACCAUGGUCAUCGGAAGCCCAGUCAAAGUGGAGGCAGUGGACGACGAUGCCGAGUCUCCCAACAACGUGGUGGAAUACUGCAUCAUGACGGCAGAUCCCGACAACGCGUUCGACAUCGACGCCGAGACGGGCGAGAUCCAGCUGAAGCCGUACAUCAAGUCCAUGGAGAUCGUGCACAACAUCACCGUGCAGAAGGACUGCAAGUGGUCACUGGUGGUGCAGGCGCGAGACCAAGGCUCUCCGUCUUUCAGCACCACCGCCGUGGUCAACAUCGACAUCACCGAGGAGGUCAAGGGACGCGUUGUUUCGUACUUCCUGGGCCUCAGCAAGCGGCCGCUGACGGUUUUCGCAAUUUGUUUCAGCCUUGUCAUCACCCUCAUUUUUCUAACCGUCUGCAUAUCCACAAUCCUGUACUGUAGCGCAGUGAAAAAGUCCAGAAUCAACCCAGAGAGUAACUAUAUCAAAGUGGUCCGCAGACCCAAGUGAGGGAAGGGAUACCUCCAUGUCACGUUGUGUUUGUCUCUUGGCUAGGUUUGUCAAAGAGUACAAGAGCAUGUUAAAAAGAGCUUCUGUUUUUCUAUACCGCUCAUCCUCAUUGGGUUCGCCGCUGAACAGGAACAUAUACCAGCCGACUUCAGGCGAGAGGCGGGGUAAACCCUUGGCUGGUCGGCAGCCAAUCGCAGGACACAUGAGGAGGACAAAAAAACAUUCAUUCUCGCGUUCACACUGUGGGACAAUUUAGAGUCUUCAGUUAGUCUAACGUGAAAUGUGGGUCAUCGUGGGGGUUUUCCACACCGAGACAGCAAGGCCCUCUUAAGCGCUCACACCAGGCCGAAGUCCCGGGUCCACAUGCUAGCAGUCAAGUUGGACUCCUUCCACCUUUCUCACCGUGACGUGCGCACACUCACGGCUGACAACGAGGCACUCUAAAGGGGCCACGCCAGUGAACUACCUGAAGGGAAAAUGCAUUUCGAAGUGUAUAGCUAGCGAGCUAACUGCAAGCCUAUAUGGCCACAAUUCAGUCCUAAAUCGUUCUCAGUUUUUGUACUUUUCAGCAAUUGCCUUCAAAAAUAUGUACAGUAUUUUGUAUUUCGAAACAAAUCUCCGAAUGUACUUCAUAGGGUCUUUAAAUAAAACAAAAACUAAAUAGCUAGUUGGAGAAACAAUGUAUUGUUUUCUUUGUUGUUGUUGUUUUUAUAAAUCAUGUCACAUGGCCAAAAUUUGUGGGGCACAAUUGUUUGUGCCACGAAGCAAAGUUCAAAAAACAAAAAACUAAUUAUGUAGCUACCAAGCGCACUGUCAGUACCUUGGCAACAAGGGGAUGACAUAAACCUGUGCCGUGUCACAGCACUGAAUGGACUACAGCGUUAGCGUGGGUUUUGUGCAAAUUCCAUUCCGACUUACAGUAUGUACAAGUUCAGGCGAUGACACAGCAUAGGAAUGGAACCGUUGCAAAUUGCAACGCUUUUUUUUUUUUUAUUCCACCACAGAACAAAUCUGUUGCCAAAGUCACAAACAUUUAACCUUUUCCUUUUGGACGCGCUCAUUUCUUCACGUUUUUCUUUCCACAAACAUGCUCUUGUACUCUGAUUGGCUCUUGUGACGUGUCGUCCCUCAUCGGCUACAUGCCAAAGUCAAAUCCACCGAGCUCAACGCACUGCCAGACGCACUCCCAAACACUUGUGCAGUGUGUAGCAUGCAGGGGUGUCGAACUCUCAAAUUGUUGUUCAGGGGCAACAUACAGUCUAACUUUUUGUCAAGUGGGCCGGGCCAGUAAAAUCAUAGCAAAAUUAAUAUAAAUAAAAAGUUUUCCCCUUUGGUUUAAUGCAAAAACAACACCAGUACAUUAGGAAUAUUUAUAUUUAAUGAACUAAAGAUUUGCUGUAGUUUAUCAUCUAUAUGUUUGCAUCAGAACUGAUCACAGUCAUCGUGUAUAAAGGCACAAAACUAAGUAUUUUGAGCUGAAAUAUCUCGGAUUGCACUGUAAAAUGAGAUAAACACACGAAGAUCUCCAAAUGAUUUUCACUCCAUUUUCUACACGAGCAUACAUUUUCUCACAAUUCUCACGCCCCACCUCGUCAUGUAUUUUGGCACUUUCCAAUUCAGAUUGAAGCCCCUCCAGGGCUAGUUUGGCACGUGGGUCUUAUGUUUUGACACCCCUGGUAUAAAGAAAACAGUGCCUGUAGUGUGUAGCGUAGUCGUUGUUUGGGCUUCUUCUGCCAGUGCUUUCCUCAUCCAUUGAUCACGCUUACACGCUUGAAAUGACGCUUGGAUGAUUCCACUUCUAUUUGUGCUCUUUUGCAGACUCCUCUCAAGGGGCCUAUGGCGGCCUUUUUAAUGAAAAGUAGGGAUAAUCCAAUGAAAGCUAUAGGAAUGCUUACUUUGAUUAUUAGCCUG